AUGUUUGGAAAUCCGGCGGCAGAGAACAAGGCUGAGAAGGAAGCGGUCCUCUACUCUCCGAAAACCAUGGCAGAGGUGGGGUCCUUACACGUGGUCAACACCUACCUUGGUACGGGUCUCAGCAAUUCCCGGAAGUGUGUGAAGGAGUUACCAGAGGCGUGCAGUCGGCACGUAAGUGAGUUUGACCUUGCCGCCUACGCCAAGGACGAGUUCACUUUGUCGAUGGAAAAAAAGAUCAUGGCUCGCAUGUUUUCUGCCUUCGAUGUGACACAGUUGGGGUACCUGGAGGAAAGCAAGGUUGAGCACAUGUGUCGGUACCUGGGCCGUGAUAUGAAUGAGGACGAGAUGAAGCAGAUGAAAAGUGAGAUUGAUGCCAUCGAUGGCCACAUCACGUUUGAAAAGUUCUGGAAGUGGUGGUGCUCACACUCGGAGCUCUCUGCAAAAAAAAAUUGCUUCUCUAUGGUUUCGCUGGAUUUUGCUGUGCCCUAUCACCAGCAGCAGCUCUUGACAAGGGAGGAAGGCGAGCUGUACACGCCGAGCUACCGGGUCCUGUACUACUUCAGAGACGUAGAGACGGGGAAGGAGCGGCAGGUGUCACCUUGGCACGACAUUCCCCUCUACGUGCGGGACUUGGUGCGCACAAAGCCUGCAUCGCUGCCUAUGAACCGCUACAAUUUUAUCUGUGAAAUCCCAAAGUGGACGCGUGCGAAGUUUGAAAUUGCCACAGGGGAGCCGUUUAACCCCAUCACGCAGGACGUCAAGAACGGUGUCCCGCGGUUCUACAAACAUGGUGAUAUGAUGUGGAACUACGGAGCCCUGCCGCAGACGUGGGAGAGUACCGAGGUUGUCUUUGAGGGUGGCUACGAGGGUGACAAUGACCCGAUCGAUGCCAUUGAGAUCGGCAUGACGCAGUUCAGGGUUGGGCAGGUGGGGGCCGUAAAGGUGCUUGGAAUCCUCGGGAUGAUUGAUGACGGGCAGAUGGAUUGGAAGGUCAUCUGCAUCUCGCACAACGACCCCAUCUGCCGCUUUCUGAAGGACAUCCACGACGUGCCAAAGUUUCUCCCAGGGUGCCUAGACGCCAUCCACGAGUGGUUUCGUGUGUACAAAAUCUGUCAGGGAGGUGUGGAGAACAAGUUUGUCUUUAACGGGGAGUUCAAGGACAAGGUGUUUGCGAUGAAGGUUAUUGACGAGUCACAUUACAUGUGGGGCAACCUGCGCAAGAUCAACAAAAAGGAAGAAGUCUAA